AUGUGCGAUGGAAUUGCCAUCCUCAGCGCCGCUGAUAGCUUCUUUCUCGUCAGCCAUCUCAUCUCCUUCUCUUCCCCCGCCAUGCCACCAACACCACUCCCUUCAGGCCCUCCCUCGCCUUCAAAGCACAUUUCAGGGCUCCCAGAACCAUCCGCGAAAUCGCCCUACUACCGCGACGUGCACAUGGACACCGCCAAAGGCCUGCCCUCCAUCCACUCGUACGGCGAUAUCCACAUGCAGACCGCGAAGGGCCUCGGCGUCGGCCAGGUUGAGGACAUCCGCAUGCAGACCGCCCGCGGUGUCGGCACCGAGAACACCCUGCGGGCCAACGGUACGGGCUUCGACGUCUGGGAGCGAGAGCUGCUCGAGAGUGGCGAGGUCAGACGAAAGGCGACCGUGGCACAACUCUAUUUCCUCGAUUACUACUUCCAAACCCUGGGAUACAUCGCGGCACGCAAGGACAGACGGGCAAAGUUCGACCAGGACACAAAGGCGCGUGAGCUCAAAGGGGCCGAGUACGCAAAGGAGUUCAAGUCAUACUGUGGUCGAGAACGGGUCCUCCUACGACGAAGACGCACGAAACUCAAGGUCGAUCAGUUCCACAUCAUCGCGCAGGUGGGGCAGGGAGGGUAUGGUGAGGUCUUCCUUGCGCGAAAGCAGGAGUCGGGCGAGGUAUGUGCGUUGAAGAAGAUGCGGAAACGGACACUGUUUAAGAUGGACGAGAUCAGGCAUGUGCUGGUUGAAAGAGAUAUCUUGACAGCCACGAAGACACCCUGGCUCGUUCGCCUACUAUAUGCGUUCCAAGAUCCGGAACACGUAUACCUCGCUAUGGAAUACGUUCCGGGAGGCGACUUUCGAACAUUACUCAACAACUCGGGCGUGCUCAAGGAGGAACACGCGAGAUUUUACAUCAGCGAGAUGUUUGCUGCGGUGAACGAACUACAUAAGUUAGGGUACAUCCAUCGAGAUCUCAAGCCUGAGAAUUUCCUCGUGGAUGGGACUGGACAUGUCAAACUCACCGACUUCGGGCUGGCGACAGGAGCGCUCAACCCUAAACGAAUAGAAUCACUCAAAGUCAAGCUGGACAAAGUCAAAGACAAUCAAGUAAUCCACCGUUCCACCAUUGAGCGACGCUCAAUCUACAAAUCCAUCCGCAACGAAGACCCUCGCUACGCCGACUCCAUCGUCGGUUCGCCCGACUAUAUGGCGCCCGAAGUCCUGCGGGGCAAGCCCUACACCUACUCCGUCGACUACUGGUCGCUCGGGUGCAUCCUCUUCGAGUUCCUCGCUGGCUUUCCCCCUUUCUCCGGCAGCACCCCCGAGGAGACAUGGACGAACCUCAAGAACUGGACCAAGGUCCUGCGGCGACCAGAGUACGACAAGCCCGAGGACCUCAUAUUCAACCUGUCCGACGUUGCGUGGGACGCGGUGACGCGGCUCAUCGCACACGCAUCCGUGCGGUACGCCUCGCUCGCGCAGCUCACAUCACAUCCGUUCUUUUCACGGGUGAAGUGGGACGACCUCCGCGCGGUUCGCGCACCCUUCGUGCCCGCCCUCGACUCGGAGAUCGACACGGGGUAUUAUGAUGAUUUCUCGAGUCCGGAGGAUAUGGCGAAGUACGCCGAGGUGCAGGAGAAGCAGCGCAAUGUGGAGGCGGUGAGGGAGAAGGAGGAGCCGUUCAAGCGUGGGGUAUGGGUUGGGUUCACGUUUGGGAAGAAUGGGCCUGGCGUGGGUGCCCUAGCCGGUUUGGGAGGUGCGAGAGAGGAUGGGUCCUUGGCGACGAUUUUCUAA